AUGGCACCCACCGCAGUCGAAUCCGUCACCAUGCCUUCCCCCGAGAACGCCCCGAAACAGAACGGCUCUGUCCCGACCAAGCGCCACGAGGAAUAUCAAUACCUUAACCUCGUCCGCGAGAUCCUCGAGGAGGGCGAACACCGACCAGACAGAACCGGCACCGGAACCUACUCUAUCUUCGCACCAACUCCUCUCAAGUUUUCCCUCAACAAGGACGGCGAGCCUCUGCUUCCCCUCCUCACCACGAAGCGCGUCUUCCUCCGCGCCGUCAUCGCCGAGCUGCUGUGGUUCAUCGAAGGCAACACAUCCUCUCUCGCCCUGAGCGAGGCGGGCGUCAAGAUCUGGGACGGCAACGGCUCGCGGGAGUUCCUAGACAGCGUCGGCCUCACGCACCGCGAGAUCGGCGACCUCGGCCCCGUGUACGGCUUCCAAUGGAGGCAUUUCGGCGCCGAGUACGUCGAUUCCAAGACGGAUUACACGGGCCAGGGUGUCGACCAGCUCGCCGAAGUCAUCCACAAGCUCAAGACAAACCCCUAUGACCGCCGCAUCCUCCUGAGCGCGUGGAACCCCGCCGACCUGAAGAAGAUGGCCCUCCCCCCAUGCCACAUGUUUGCGCAGUUCUACGUUUCGUACCCACGGGCCCGCGGCGCAAGUACGCAAGAGAAGACCAAGGGCCACCUGCACUGCCAGCUGUACCAGCGGUCCUGCGAUAUGGGCCUCGGUGUGCCCUUCAACAUCGCCAGCUACGCUUUGCUAACGCACAUGAUUGCGCGCGCGUGCGACCUCGUCCCCGGCAGCCUGACGCACGUCAUGGGCGACGCGCACGUCUACGCCGACCACGUCGAUGCACUCAAGGUGCAGCUGGAGCGCGAACCCAGGGAUUUCCCCUUGCUGGAGAUCAACAACAGGGACGCCGGGUGUAGCAUUGACGGAUGGAAGGUUGAAGACUUUGUGGUCAAGGGAUACGACCCGCAUAAGACGAUUGCAAUGAAGAUGUCUGUGUGA